CCCUCCCUUUAGUUUCUUGUGGGCUUACCGGCGUGCUUGCGUCACGUCCGGCAUGCGGGACCCGGAAGUGGGAAUGGUUGAGGUGUCGCUAUGCGCCGCGGUGGUACCGGGGCCGAGCCGAGCCAAGCCGGAGCGAGACCAGCAGUUCCAACUUGAUUCACUGUUAUUCAGCACCAUCCAUCUUGAGCUUUUUAUAUGGUGUUGCUGUGUACUGUUACAGCUGCUGUUCCAUCUCAUUGGUGGUUGCAUUUCAGGGGAAUAGAAGAACAAUGGCUCUGGGGAGGAUCCAUGUGCCUUAUAAAUCUGGGAUGUCUGGAUGAUACCAGAACAUAAGCUAAUUUGCCUGCCUGCCCUGAUCAGAAUAUCCCAACAUGGGAAGGAUCAGCAUCUCCUGUUUGUUUCCUGCUUCCUGGCACUUCAGCAUCUCCCCAGUGGGGUGUCCUCGUAUACUGAACACCACUUUGCGACAAAUUAUUGUCAUUGGAAUACUUUCUGCUGCCGUCUCCUUGCUUUAUUAUUCCCUUGUCAUCCGGAAUAAAUAUGGGCGUUCGUACAGGGAUAAAAAGUUUCACAGAUACCUUGCUCGAGUGACUGACACUGAAGCUACAGAUACCAGCAAUCCCAAUCUGAACUAUGGCAUCGUGGUAGACUGUGGUAGCAGCGGGUCUAGGAUCUUCGUGUAUUGUUGGCCAAGACACAAUGGCAACCCGCAUGAUCUGUUGGACAUCAAACAAAUGAGGGACAAAAACAGAAAACCAGUGGUUAUGAAAAUUAAACCAGGCAUUUCAGAGUUUGCUAGCUCUCCUGAAAGAGUCAGCGAUUAUAUUUCUCCACUUCUGAACUUCGCGGCAGAACACGUGCCCCGUGCAAAACACAAAGAAACUCCUCUCUAUAUCCUCUGUACUGCAGGGAUGAGAAUCCUGCCUGAGAGCCAGCAGAAGGCAAUACUAGAAGAUCUGCUCACUGAUAUUCCUGUGCAUUUUGAUUUUCUGUUUUCGGACUCUCAUGCAGAAGUUAUUUCAGGGAAACAAGAAGGAGUAUAUGCGUGGAUUGGCAUCAAUUUUGUUUUGGGACGAUUUGAACAUAUUGAUGAUGAGGAUGAUGCAGUAGUGGAGGUGCAUAUCCCUACCAGUGAGAACAAGGAAGCUAUCAUUCGUAAGAGGACAGUGGGUAUUCUCGACAUGGGUGGCGUGUCGACCCAGAUAGCAUAUGAAGUCCCUAAAACUGUAAGCUUUGCCUCUUCACAGCAGGAGGAAGUAGCCAAAAACUUACUUGCAGAGUUCAAUUUGGGCUGUGAUGCUCAUCAGACCGAGCACGUGUACAGAGUGUAUGUAGCGACGUUCCUUGGAUUUGGUGGGAAUGCAGCACGGCAGAGAUACGAGGACAGUAUAUUUACCAACACAAUGUUUAGAAACAGACUUCUGGGUAAACAGACUGGUAUGACUUCUGAGUCUCCCUACCUGGACCCUUGCCUGCCGCUAGAGAUUGAGGAUGAAAUCCGACAGAAUGGACAGACACUGUAUAUGCGAGGGACUGGAGAUUUUAAUCUGUGUCGUGAAAUUAUUCAGCCUCUCAUGAAUAAGACCAAUGAAACCCAGACUUCUUUAAACGGCAUCUAUCAGCCUGCAGUGCACUUCCAGAACAGCGAGUUUUAUGGCUUCUCUGAGUUCUUCUACUGUACCGAAGAUGUAUUGCGUAUGGGAGGAGACUACAAUGCUGCUAAAUUUAUUAAAGCUGCAAAGGAUUAUUGUGCCACUAAGUGGUCUGUCCUGCAGGAACGUUUUGACCAUGGUCUUUAUGCAUCACAUGCUGAUCUUCAUCGAUUGAAGUAUCAGUGCUUUAAGUCUGCCUGGAUGUAUGAAGUGUUCCACAGUGGUUUCUCUUUUCCCAUCAACUACAACAAUUUAAAAACUGCUCUGCAGGUUUAUGAUAAGGAAGUGCAAUGGACAUUGGGAGCCAUCCUUUACCGAACACGAUUUUUACCUUUAAGAGACAUCCAGCAAGAGAACUUCAGAGGAAAUCACUCCCACUGGAGGGGCUUCUCCUUUGUUUACAAUCACUAUUUGUUCUUCGUCUGUUUUCUGAUUGUGCUGCUGUCCAUUGUGCUGUAUCUGCUGAGGCUGAGACGGAUUCACCGGAGAAUGCUGCGCAAUGGCUCAUCCGCUUCCCUCUGGAUUGAGGAAGGCCUCCCACCACAGAAGAUUCCAGGAGCCUUAUGAAACACUAGGAUAAAGAGCCUCUUUAUUAGACUUUUUAAAGUACAAGCCAUUUUUUUACCUCAGGGUUUCUCCUUUUUGUCUGUCCUCCCCUCCCCCCAAAAAAUCCUAUGAGGAAACCUCUCCCAGCAGUAUUGAACUCGGCAAGAGCUUUGGAAACAACUUAGAUUAUGGGAAAUUGAGGUCAGACUACACCAAGUGGACUAGAGAAUGUCUGCCAAAAAUGGUUUUUAAAAUUAAUUUAAAAAAGUUAAUGCACUUUCAUGUUAAAGGGGAGGGGAAGUCGAGACUUGAUGCCAGUAAAUGAAUAAAUGGAGGCAGCCUAUGGUUACAGAAUGAUUGAUUUCUCUUCCUUCAGUAAAAUUGUGAAAUAUCACUUACUAGCUAGGAUGAGUGGAUAUAGCUAUGCAUAUUUUUGUUCAAGUCCAUGGUUGAUAUCACUCAACUUCUAAACUCUCAGCCUCAUAAAUCAAGAAAAAGGAAGUGCGGGAUUUUUUAGAAGCAGUAAAAAACAGACCUGUUAAAAUGUGAAAAACUGACAUCUUAAAGUGUUGAAAUACUGCAACGGAAGAGAAACAUCUAUUGUGGCUACUGCUGUGUUUAUGCAAAACACAACUAAAAUCAUUGCUUCGUUUAGUCAUUACAGGUUUCGCCUUGAUGUCUCGGAAGCAUAGUUUUAUGGUGGCAAAAGUGACUUCUUUUUAAUCCUUCAUUCGACAGUGUUUCAUGAUGGUCCAGAGAUCUCCCUGAAAUUCUCAUAAGCUUGAAAGGACUGGACAAUGCACAGACUUCAGUUAGUUCUAGUGGAACAGACACAUGUGCACAUUGUCUUUAUUUUUGUUCUUUCCUGGUAUAACUUCUUACCUGUUAAUUUAUAUUUUAUUUAAAACAAGAUUAGUUUUACUUGAAAGCAAACUUGUUCAUGAUUAAAAGUGGCAUUUAUAUGAA